GCCCCGCGCGCCCCCGCGCCCGGCCGCGCCCCCGGCCCCGCAGGCGCGGCCCGGCCCGGCCAUGCCGGCCAAGAGGAAGCCGGUGCUGCCCGCCCUCAACAUCGCCCCCAGCGCCGCCGAGGGGCCCAGCCCCGACGGCUCCGCAGAGGCUAACCUGGUGGACCUGCAGAAGAAGCUGGAGGAGCUGGAGCUGGAUGAGCAGCAGAAGAAGCGCCUGGAAGCUUUCCUGACCCAGAAAGCCAAAGUGGGGGAGCUGAAGGACGAUGACUUUGAGAGGAUCUCAGAGCUGGGCGCUGGCAAUGGCGGGGUGGUCACCAAAGUGCAGCACAAACCCUCAGGGCUCAUUAUGGCACGGAAGUUGAUCCAUUUGGAAAUCAAGCCAGCCAUCAGGAACCAGAUCAUCCGGGAGCUGCAGGUGCUGCACGAGUGCAACUCCCCGUACAUCGUGGGCUUCUAUGGAGCCUUCUACAGCGAUGGGGAGAUCUCCAUCUGCAUGGAGCACAUGGAUGGGGGCUCUUUGGAUCAAGUGCUGAAAGAAGCCAAAAGAAUUCCUGAGGAAAUCCUGGGCAAAGUCAGCAUAGCAGUGCUGAGAGGCCUGGCCUAUCUGCGGGAGAAGCACCAAAUCAUGCACAGAGAUGUGAAACCCUCCAACAUCCUGGUGAAUUCCCGAGGGGAGAUCAAGCUCUGUGAUUUCGGGGUCAGCGGGCAGCUCAUUGACUCCAUGGCCAACUCCUUUGUGGGAACUCGGUCCUACAUGUCUCCCGAGCGCCUGCAGGGCACGCACUACUCGGUGCAGUCGGACAUCUGGAGCAUGGGGCUGUCGCUGGUGGAGCUGUCGAUCGGAAGGUACCCAAUCCCCCCGCCAGACUCCAAGGAACUGGAAGCAAUUUUUGGCCGUCCUGUGGUGGACGGGGCGGAGGGAGAGUCCCCCAGCAUCUCGCCGCGGGCCAGGCCCCCAGGACGCCCCGUCAGUGGCCACGGGAUGGACACCAGGCCUGCCAUGGCCAUCUUUGAGCUGCUGGAUUACAUCGUUAAUGAGCCUCCUCCCAAGCUGCCCAGUGGAGUCUUCACACAAGAUUUCCAGGAGUUUGUAAAUAAAUGCUUAAUUAAAAACCCAGCAGAACGAGCAGAUCUGAAGAUGCUGAUGAGCCACACGUUCAUCAAGCGCUCCGAGGUGGAGGAGGUGGAUUUCGCGGGCUGGCUGUGCCGGACGCUGCGGCUCAACCAGCCCAGCACUCCCACCCGAGCUGCCGUGUGAGCCCUGCCGGCCCCGCCGCCUCCGGCGCCGCUUCCUCCUCCUCCCAGGGCCGAGCCGCCCUCCCUCCUCCCUCCCAGCGCCAAAGCUCCGGCCCCGCAGCGGCUCCACCCCCGGCUAGAGCCCCCAGGCUUGGGGUGUGGGGGGUUCCAGGUCUCUGCUCCAGCUCUGGAGCUCCUGACACUUGGGAAUUGUGGUGCUGCUUAUCUUGAUUGAUUUUUGGUUUUUUUUUUUUCUUUUUCUUUAUUAUUUUGGGUUUGUUUUGGUUUGGUUUGGAAAUGUGUUUUCACUCGGGUUACAAGAGAAGGUGAUGGAGGGUGUGAGAUGCUUCAUCUCCUCCCUGGUUUUCUCUCUGGGAUGGAGCAUCAGUGGGAUCAGGAAUGGGAAACCCUGCCUAGGGUGGCCCAGAGCAGUGGCACUGUCCUGCCUGGGGCCAGGGCUGGGCUCUGGGCUGGCCCUGGCCUGGGGGCAGAGCUGAGAUCAGAGCUGAGAUCGCUGUUUGCCUCGUUUGCUUUUUAAAGGGUUCUUUAAAAGCCUGGCCUUGUCCUGCACUGGGUGUUCAGGGGAUGGGGAUGGGGAUGGCUCCCAAUUUUCAGUGUCCAGCUGAGGGGAGAGUGUGAAAUUCCCUUCCCUGGAGAGGUGGAGCAGAGCCCAGGAUUGGGGUCCCUGUCCUGAUCCCAUGGGGAGCACAGGGAACCCUCCAGUCCUGUCCUCCAUUCUGCAUUUCCCCCCCUCCAUUCUGCAUUUCCCCCACUCCAUUCUUCAUUUCCCCCACUCCAUUCUUCAUUUCCCCCACUCCAUUCUUCAUUUCCCCCUCUCCAUUCUUCAUUUUCCCCCCUCCAUUCUGCAUUCCCCCCCUCCAUUCUUCAUUUCCCCCACUCCAUUCUUCAUUUUCCCCUCUCCAUUCUUCAUUUCCCCCUCUCCAUUCUUCAUUUCCCCCCCUCCAUUCUUCAUUUCCCCCUCUCCAUUCUGCAUUUCCCCCUCUCCAGUCUGCAUUUCCCCCCCUCCAUUCUGCAUUUCCCCUCUGGCUGCCCCCAGCCCAUCCCAGGGUGGCCUCAGCCAUUGUGGAGGUGGCCAAGCUCCAGGAUUCCCUGCUGGAGCCCCCUGGCCAGGGCUGAACCCACCCUCAUCCCAAUCCCACCCUGUCCCUGCUUGUCCCUCCCAUCCAGGACCUUCUGCAGCCCCCCAGGCCCCAGCCCCUCCCUUCCCACCACGUGGAUUUUGGGGUGAAUCAUCCCCCCCUCCUCCCCUCUCCCACGUGGGUUUGGCAACCCCUGAGUCCCCCGGGAGGAUUUGGGAAGUUUGGUGGGAAUAUUUUGGUGUUUUCCUUUUUAUUUUUUUGGUUUUUUGGCUGUUUUUCACCCAGUCAGGCUGGCAGCUCCCAUCCCCCUGCCUGCCCUGGGUCCCACCAUGCAGCCCCCCCAAAAUUAACAACCAGAACUGGGUAACCCCAAAUCCCUCACCCCUUUUCCUUUCCUGUUUUCCAGCACAGGACAAAGGCCUGGGGCCAACACCCCAAUUUUUUAGGGGGACACCCCAGAUUUGAGGGGUCAGCUCAUGCCCAGCCUGGAGCCGUGGGGUGCUCCAUGUGAUGGAUUUUGCCUCUUUUUUUAUGAGGGAAAUUGGGAAGAUUCCUCAAAUUUUGGGCUAUUUUUCAUAAGUUUUGGUGCUGGAUUUAGGAGGAGGAAGAGGAGGAAAAAAGGAGGAUGCAGCAGUUUGGUGGUGCAAUUAAUUUGGUUUUUUUUUUUUUGGUUUUUUUUUUUAAACUCGAUAUUUUCAUCAUGGGUUUGGGGGAGGGGGGAAGAAAAUAAUAAAUAAACGGCACUUUACAUUUCCAGGCGGUUUCUCUCCUCGGUUGUGGUUGUGCCCGGGGUGGGUUUAACCCUUUUGGAGCUGGAAUUCCAGCCGGGAACGCUGGGAUGUGCUGGACAGCGCUGCCUCCAGUGGAAGCCAGAGACUCCAAAUUA